AUGUUUGAAGACAUCGUGGAAGUGACGGAGGGUUUUGACGACAAAUACUGCGUCGGAACUGGAGGGUAUAGAAAAGUUUACAAAGCAAAUCUACCAUCGGGCCAGGAAGUAGCCGUGAAGAAACAUCAUCCCUUUAAAGGUGCAGAUCAAAUUGAUCAAAGAAGUUUUAGAAAUGAGAUUCAAGCAUUAACAGAAAUCGGCCUUCGCAACAUUGUGAAGCUUUAUGGUUUUUGUUCCCAUGCUCAAUUCUCAUUUCUAGUCUAUGAUUACAUGGAAAGGGGAAGCUUGGCUAACAUCCUAAGUAAUGAUGAAGGAGCUGCACAGUUGGACUGGACUAUAAGGGUGAAGGUUAUUAAAGCCUUUCUUUCUUCCAAUGCACUUACAACAUCUACCUUCGGAGAAGGAGAGGCUCUAGUGAAAUGGAAAGACAGCCUCCUACAAUCACAAGCUCUCCAUUCAUGUGUAACAGAGAUAAGCUUACCUAAUGCCGGCUUGCAAGGUAAGCUAGAUAACUUGAGCUUCCCCUCAUUUCCAAACCUCUUCCAUCUUAAUCUCAGUGGCAACUUCCUCACUGGAACCAUCCCAGCUCAUAUUAGCUCUCUUUCAAAACUUGCUUCUCUUGAUCUCUCCAUGAAUUAUAUUUCUGGCAUUUUACCUCUUUCACUGGCUAACCUCACUCACAUUUCUGUGAUUGACAUUUCAUAUAAUGAAAUAAUAGGUGAACUAGCUCCAAGUUUCUUCACCAAUUGGACCAAACUCAUCUCCCUUCAAUUCCAGAACAAUCAAUUCAGUGGGAAAAUUCUGUCUCAAAUCGGCCUACUUAAACAUCUCCGAAUCCUAGACCUCUCGGGAAAUAAAAUCAGUGGUUUAAUACCUCUUGAAAUAGGGAAUCUGCAGAGUCUGAUUCAGUUAAGGUUACACUCAAACCAUCUUAGUGGGCCAAUUCCUCCUUCUUUAGGUAACUUGACCAAGCUGAUGAACCUCUACCUCUUUGACAAUCAAAUUUCUGGUUCGAUCCCCACACAAUUAGGGAAUCUGAAGAAUUUGGUUGAGUUGGCGUUGUACAAUAACAAUCUGACAGGUCAAAUCCCUCCUGCUUUAGGAAGUCUCAAGAAUUUGGUUGGGUUGGCAUUGUCCAAUAACAGUCUGACAGGUCCAAUCCCUCCUGCUUUAGGAAAUCUCAAGAAUUUGGUUGGGUUGUCGUUGUGGAAUAAUAGUUUGACAGGUUCAAUCCCUCCUGCUUUAGGAAAUCUCAAGAAUUUGGUUGAUUUGGAGUUGAGCGAUAACAAUCUGACAGGUCCGAUCCCUCCUGCUUUAGGUAAUUUGAGAAACCUUACAUAUUUUUACCUCUCUAGCAAUCAAAUUUCUGGUUCAAUUCCUCUGGAAAUUGGGAAUUUGGUAAAACUCAAUGUGCUUGAUCUGUCCAGUAACCUUCUAACAGGUUCUAUCCCUUCCACUUUCGGAAACUUGACCAAGUGUGAAUUCUUCAUUGCAUUUGACAACCAUUUAACUAGUGAGAUCCCAAAAAGCUUCAGAAAUUGCACUAGGUUAACUAGAGUUCGACUCGACGGAAACCAGCUCAUUUCAAAUGUAUCAGAAGCCUUUGGUGUAUACCCACAUCUCUAUUUCAUGGAUGUCAGCAAUAACAGGUUGUUUGGUGAACUCUCACUAAACUGGGGAGAAUGCAGAUACUUGACGAUGCUACAAUUCUCUGGGAACAUGAUCACUGGUAGAAUUCCUCACGAGAUUGGGUGGUUAACCCGGCUAGGAGUGCUUGGUCUUUCUUCAAACCGUCUGGUAGGAGAGAUUCCAAAGGAAUUGGGGAGGUUGACUUCAUUGUUCAUCUUGAAUUUAAGUGAUAACCAGCUUUCUCAUAGGGUUCCUCAAGAAAUUGGGAGACUGUCCAAUUUGGAGAUUCUGGACAUAUCAAUGAACAACCUAGCUGGUCCAAUACCACCUCAGUUGGGGAAUUGCUUCAAACUACGGUAUCUGAAAUUGAGUGAAAAUUAUUUGAAUGGAAGCAUUCCAUUUCAGAUAGGCAACCAGAUACACCUACGGGGUGCAUUAGACCUUAGCCAUAAUUCACUAAAUGGAGAGAUAUCAUCACAAAUUGGGAACUUGCAGAUGCUGGAAAUGUUAAACCUCUCCCACAACAUGUUGUCUGGCUCAAUUCCAAAAUCUUUUGAAGGGAUGCUCAGGUUAAAAUCUGUAGAUUUUUCAUACAAUGAUUUGGAAGGCCCUAUUCCCAAUAGCAAAGCCUUUCAGAUGGCUAUUGUAGAGUCGUCGGCGUUUCUUCCAUUUAUUACCAAAGACGAAGAAAUAAAGAGAAAGUGGUUCUUGAAAGGAGCAGCAGAAAUCCAUUUUCAAUAUGGAAUUAUGAUGGGAUUGAUGCAUUUGAACAGAUCGUGGAAGCGAUAG